ACCGUAUCACACCUCGAUUCAUCCUUCUACCGUGCUCGUAAAUUCUCGGCCACUCGUUGCCGGGGACUAGUACCACGUCAGAUUCGCUCUGGGUUGGAGCGCCGGAAUGAGAGAAAAAAGGAAGGAGAAAUUCCAGGGCCCGGGAGCUUCCGCUAGUCCUCGGCGAUGAGCUCAUAUUCCGCCGAGCCGAGGAGAAGGGCACAAGAUACCUCUAUGGAAGGGCCCCAGGAAGUCUUGCUCGAGUAGGAGUACCGGUGUAUCCCCAUCGCACUCGUUUUGGUAGACACUGCGGAUGCGGGUACUCUGCGGGCUUGAGAGGAGUGACGGUGAAGGGAAGCUCAGAGCAGGCCACCCCCAAAGUCGUUCCAUAAACACGCCAACAAACACGCCAUUCCCCCGUGGGAUGACUGCGUCAUCGAUGGGAUGGGUGUACUGUAAGAUGGGCAUCAUUGUCAGGCAACACCUCUAAUCGGUUGGAAACGAAACAUUCUGUCUUUGGGGUAUAAGUAUCUCCCCAUACGCAAUGGUCCCAUACUCCGUUCGUUGGCAACAAUCAUUUCCCUAUCCAAUUUACCAAUCAUGUCUAUUCCCACAGAGCAAUAUGCGCAAAUCUUUAAGAGCAACAAUGCUCCGAUUGAGUACAAAAAGGUUCCGGUCCCAAAGCCAGGCCCGGAUGAGGUUUUGGUCAACAUCAAAUAUACUGGAGGUGAGUUGCGGGAUCUGAUUUGGUUUGGUGGUUGGUUCCCUUUUGUUGAUCUAGACCCUAGUUUGCCAUUCCGAUCUUCACGUAAAACGCCCCUGCCGGAUUGCGGCGGUGAGAAGUUACUAACGAAGGAUAGGCAUGGAAAGGUGACUGGCCUCUGCGCACUAAACCAAAUUUGAUUGGAGGUCAUGAAGGUAUGAUCUUCCCGUAGAACUAGGGGGAAAAAAGUACAUUCCUGACUGUCCACCAAGGUGCUGGUGUUGUCGUCGCCGUGGGGGAGCUGGUUGAGGAUGUCAAAGUAGGAGACCAUGCGGGCAUCAUGUGGCUCAACGGGAGUUGCGGCCAUUGCGAAUUCUGUAGGUUUAUUCCGUCCGACUUCUUUAUAACCCUACUAAUUCGGAAUAGGUAUGGCUAGCGACGAGCCCUUGUGCGAAAAGGCUCUGCUCUCGGGGUACACUGUGGAUGGUAGCUUCCAGCAAUACGCGAUUGGCAAGGCCGCACAUGUCGCUAGAAUUCCCAAAGGAGUUCCAUUGGAUGCGGUUGCUCCGAUCCUAUGCGCCGGAGUCACGGUUUGCACCCGAUAACCGCCCAUCAGCCCUACCAUACUAACUCUAUUAGGUUUACAAAGCCCUUAAGGAAUCCCGAGCCCAUGCAGGUCAAACUGUAGCCAUCGUCGGUGCCGGCGGUGGUCUCGGCUCUCUUGCUGUAAUCACCCUAGAUUCUUUUACUCGUACCGUAGCUAAUCGAAGAUUAUUAGGUGCAAUACGCCAAAGCGAUGGGUUUCCGUGUUAUAGCCAUCGAUGCCGGAAGUGAAAAGCAAGAAAUGUGUCUCAACACGCUCGGUGCCGAGGAAUUUGUGGACUUUGCGAAAGGCGAUGUAGUUGCAAAGGUCAAAUCUCUCACCGGGGGUCUGGGUGCCCAUGCUGUCAUCCUUCUCGCUGUGAGCGAGAAACCCUUCCAACAGGCCGCUGAGGUGAGUCUACCCUAAAGCCACCCCACCCCGCCUGGAAAUGGAAUCAGGUGAUUGACGCUGGGUCGGAUAAUAUAGUACUGCAGGGCGCGUGGAAGCGUAGUCUGUGUAGGUCUCCCCGCCAAAGCCCGCAUCUCAGCUGAAGUAUUCUCGAUCGUCGUCCGAAUGAUUACCAUCAAAGGAUCCUACGUUGGCAAUCGCCUUGAUACCCAAGAGGCAAUCGACUUCUUCGCCCGAGGCCUCAUCAAAGCCCCCUUCAAAGUCGGGAAACUUUCCGAACUCUCCCAAGUCUUUAAACUCAUGGAGGAAAACAAAAUUGCAGGACGCUAUGUUCUCGAUACAAGCGUAAGAUGA